CCCCGACUAGGUACAGCAUUAAAGAGGCGGGGAGGGACGCGUGGUCGCUGUUAGGACACUACAAGGGGAGCAGCUGGAAGGAGAAGUGAUGGAUUGCUGAUGGCUUUCUCUCAUCUCCAUCACGUGCUGCCUCCUCUGCUGCCUACUGGACAUCUCCACGCGACGCGCCUCUCCUCCCGCCACAGGAUUUUACGCGCCGUAGUGAGAAGGAAGACAGAUGAUGGUGCGUGCAAUGUGGAGUGCCUUGUUAGAGCACUGAUGUGCUUGUGAUGCCGGGGCUGCAGCGAGCACAGAUGACUUGAACUGCAGCUACACCACUUGUUCCCUCCCGAGAUCCUUCUUGCAAACCAUGGCUGACCAGUACAGUAUGUUUCUCACCACGGCGCCACCCCUCCGACGAGGAAGCACGCCCCUUCCUGUCAAACACCAGCUGCGGAGGGAAGAGGCCGUAUCGGAGGACUGCGAUUGGAUCCCAGGUUUGGAGGAACCUGCCACAUUGCCUAUCAGUGACACAGCUGUGCCUCGGGAUGAAUCCUUCAGCCAAACCUCAGCAGCCCAGUCGACCUACCACAGCCACGGAGGGACGCUGAGGAUCGUGCUGCUGGGACAGAACGGCGUGGGCAAGUCGUCGCUGGCCUUAUCGCUGGCCGGCCAGUCGGACAGAUCCCUCUCUAUAGACUCUGAGACUCAAGCAUGCGGUGAAGGCUAUGAGUGCACAGUCACAGUUGAUGACGAGGACAGCAAAGUCAUCAUUUUUGACAAUUGGAAACAGGACCUGUCCACUCUGAAGUGUGACGUGUGUAUCCUGGUCUUCUCCGUGACUGACAGGCGAAGUUUCCAUCGCACCGCACAGCUCCGCCUUCUCCUCAGGGAGUCCCAGCCUCACACUCCAAUCAUCCUGGUGGGCAACAAGAGCGACCUUGUUCGCUCCCGUGAAAUAAGUGCAGAGGAGGCCCAAUCCAGCGCCAUGAUGUUCGACUGCCACUACCUAGAGCUCUCAGCUUCUCUGGAACACGGCACCAAUGAGCUGCUUGAGGCGGCCGUUCGGACUGCAAGGGGAGACUGUGUGGGCCCCAACUGGGCCGACGGCGACCCCGGAUCAGGCCGCAGGGAGAGCCUGACCAGCCGAGCCAAGCGCUUUCUGGCGGGGCUCGUGCCACGCUCGUAUGGACGAGAGCGUGACAGAGGACGCUACCGAGAGAUGGGCCGCCACAGGGGCAGCAAGAUCCUCCGCCAGAAGUCACGCUCCUGCCACGACCUCAGCGCACUGUGACAACAUACACACACGCAUACAGGCUAAGAGGCACACUCCCACACAUGUACACACACCAGAUUGAAGGAUAUGCCAGAGGGGGAGGUGUAAACUGUCAAAUGGACACAAGUAAGGAAGAGAGGAUAAAAAGGGGAGGAGGCACAAAUGCACAGGCUUGCAUAAUGUCCCCCUUUUGGGGUACCCCCUAAACUAUCUUAAUCCAGCCUUACACUUUUGGGUGCCAAAUGAUGGUUAAAAGGUGAGGUGGACAGAAUUUAAGGAUAGAUAAGCUCAGCUUGAACAUAACCCCAUACACAAACCAAAAUAAGACAAUGUUGCGGCAGAAUGAAGAAUUAAGAGAACAAAAGACAAUAUUGAGCAUUCACCUUUGACUUGUAUAAUAUAGCAGGAAACAAUAAAACGGCACCUUAUUUCAUGUCUCA